AUGUCGCAGCCGAGAGGUGGACGCGGCGGUGGGCGUGGCGGAGGCGCUGGCGGCGCUGGUGUUGGCCGGAAAACGCCUUCCUCAUUGACGGGGCCACCCGAUGAUUCGGCCACGGGCAGCGAACGCGCGACGCCCGCGAGUAAAGCCGACUCGGAUCCCAAGGAUGAUAGCUCGAGUAAUGGCGACAAAAAGGAUACCGAUAGCUUUCCGGCCCCGAAGCCACCAAGUGCGGGCGCCUCCAUACGCGAUACAGCCAACAAGGUGCUGGGAUUGGCCAUGAAGAGCGAAUGGACGCCGAUUGAAGCGGAGCUAAAGAAACUCGAGAAAUAUGUGGCGAAUGUUGGCGAGGAUGGCAAUCAUAUACCACUGGCCGGAGUUCAUGAUAUGAACACUGGCAUGACGCCGCUGAUGUAUGCGACGAAGGACAAUAAGACGGCGAUAAUGGAUCGCAUGAUAGAGUUGGGUGCCGAUGUUGGAGCACGAAAUAAUGAUAAUUACAACGUGCUGCAUAUUGCGGCAAUGUAUUCGCGUGAGGAUGUCGUCAAAUUGUUGCUAACAAAACGCGGCGUUGAUCCCUUCUCCACCGGCGGCUCGCGUUCACAAACUGCGGUUCAUUUGGUGUCCAGUCGUCAAACGGGCACUGCAACAAAUAUCCUGCGAGCUCUCCUAGCGGCUGCUGGCAAGGAUAUACGCUUAAAGGCAGACGGCCGUGGCAAAAUCCCAUUGCUGCUGUCUGUCGAGUCGGGCAAUCAGUCGAUGUGCAGAGAGCUGCUGGCUGCACAAACGGCGGACCAACUAAAGGCAACGACGGCCAAUGGAGACACGGCCUUGCAUUUGGCCGCCAGACGGCGAGAUGUGGACAUGGUGCGCAUACUCGUCGACUACGGCACCAAUGUGGACACCCAGAACGGCGAAGGGCAGACGCCGUUGCACAUUGCUGCCGCCGAGGGCGAUGAGGCGCUGCUUAAGUAUUUUUAUGGUGUGCGCGCCUCGGCCUCCAUAGCGGACAAUCAAGAUCGCACUCCCAUGCAUUUGGCUGCGGAGAAUGGACAUGCCCAUGUUAUUGAGAUACUGGCGGACAAAUUCAAGGCGAGCAUCUUCGAGCGCACCAAGGAUGGCAGCACACUGAUGCACAUUGCAUCACUCAAUGGCCAUGCUGAGUGCGCCACGAUGCUCUUCAAGAAGGGCGUUUAUCUCCAUAUGCCCAACAAGGAUGGCGCUCGCAGCAUACACACUGCCGCCGCAUACGGUCACACUGGCAUCAUAAACACGCUGCUGCAAAAGGGCGAGAAAGUGGAUGUGACUACAAACGACAACUUUACGGCUCUGCAUAUUGCUGUGGAGUCAGCGAAGCCAGCUGUGGUCGAAACGCUGCUUGGAUUUGGCGCCGAUGUUCAUGUGCGCGGUGGCAAGUUACGGGAGACGCCGCUGCACAUUGCUGCCCGUGUCAAGGAUGGCGAUCGUUGCGCCCUCAUGCUGCUUAAGUCGGGUGCAAGUCCGAAUCUUACUACCGAUGACUGCCUCACGCCAGUUCAUGUGGCAGCACGUCACGGCAACCUGGCGACGAUGAUGCAACUGCUCGAGGAUGGCGGCGAUCCGCUGUACAAAUCGAAUACUGGUGAGACGCCGCUGCACAUGGCGUGCAGAUCUUGCCACCCGGAGAUUGUGCGUCAUCUCAUCGAGACGGUGAAGGAGAAGCACGGCCAGGAGAAGGCCACCACGUACAUCAACUCUGUGAACGACGAUGGCGCCACGGCGCUGCAUUAUACUUGCCAAAUUACCAAGGAGGAGGUGAAAAUACCCGAAUCCGAUAAGCAAAUCGUGCGCAUGCUGCUUGAGAAUGGCGCCGAUGUGACGCUGCAGACGAAGAACGCAUUGGAGACGGCGUUUCACUAUUGCGCCGUCGCCGGCAAUAACGAUGUGCUGAUGGAGAUGAUAUCGCACAUGAAUCCCACGGACAUACAGAAGGCAAUGAAUCGUCAAUCAUCGGUGGGCUGGACACCGCUGUUGAUUGCCUGCCAUCGCGGUCACAUGGAGCUGGUCAACAACCUGUUAGCGAAUCAUGCCAGGGUCGAUGUCUUCGAUACCGAGGGCAGAUCCGCAUUGCAUUUGGCUGCGGAACGCGGUUAUUUACAUGUCUGUGAUGCGCUGCUAACGAAUAAAGCGUUCAUCAAUUCCAAGUCCCGUGUGGGACGCACCGCACUUCAUUUGGCGGCCAUGAACGGAUUCACGCAUCUGGUGAAGUUUCUCAUCAAGGAUCACAAUGCAGUGAUCGAUAUCCUGACGCUGCGCAAACAGACGCCGCUGCAUUUGGCGGCGGCCAGCGGGCAGAUGGAAGUAUGCCAGCUGCUGCUGGAGCUGGGCGCCAAUAUUGAUGCGACGGAUGAUUUGGGCCAGAAGCCCAUCCAUGUCGCUGCCCAGAACAACUACUCUGAAGUGGCCAAAUUGUUUCUGCAGCAGCAUCCAUCGCUGGUGAAUGCGACCAGCAAGGAUGGCAACACUUGUGCCCAUAUUGCUGCCAUGCAGGGAUCCGUCAAGGUGAUCGAGGAGCUCAUGAAGUUCGAUCGAUCCGGCGUGAUAUCGGCUAGAAAUAAACUGACCGAUGCCACGCCCCUACAACUGGCAGCCGAGGGCGGACAUGCCGAUGUUGUCAAGGCUCUUGUACGCGCCGGCGCCUCCUGCACCGAGGAGAACAAGGCGGGCUUCACCGCCGUCCAUUUGGCUGCCCAGAAUGGACAUGGUCAGGUGUUGGAUGUGCUCAAGAGCACGAACUCGCUGCGCAUCAACAGCAAGAAACUGGGAUUAACCCCGCUUCACGUUGCCGCUUACUACGGACAGGCGGACACUGUGCGAGAGCUGCUUACGAGCGUGCCGGCAACGGUCAAGUCAGAGACGCCCACGGGGCAGAGUCUGUUCGGUGAGCUGGGCACUGAGUCGGGCAUGACGCCGCUGCAUUUGGCCGCCUUCUCCGGCAACGAGAAUGUGGUGCGCUUGCUCCUCAAUUCGGCGGGUGUGCAAGUCGAUGCAGCUACCGUGGAGAACGGUUACAAUCCGCUCCAUUUGGCUUGCUUCGGUGGACACAUGUCAGUGGUUGGUUUGCUUCUGAGUCGGUCGGCGGAACUCCUGCAAUCCACGGAUCGCAAUGGUCGCACCGGACUGCAUAUCGCAGCGAUGCACGGCCAUUUCCAGAUGGUGGAGAUACUGCUCGGCCAGGGCGCUGAGAUAAAUGCAACCGAUCGCAACGGUUGGACGCCACUGCAUUGUGCUGCCAAAGCCGGCCACUUGGAUGUGGUUAAGCUGCUGUGCGAGGCGGGCGCCUCACCGAAAUCCGAGACGAAUUAUGGCUGUGCGGCCAUUUGGUUUGCCGCCUCCGAGGGUCACAACGAGGUGCUGCGGUAUCUGAUGAACAAGGAACACGAUACGUACGGUUUGAUGGAGGACAAACGUUUCGUUUACAAUCUGAUGGUCGUCUCCAAGAAUCACAAUAACAAGCCGAUACAGGAGUUUGUGCUGGUCUCCCCAGCGCCAGUGGAUACAGCUGCCAAAUUGUCCAACAUUUACAUAACCCUCUCGACAAAGGAGAAGGAACGCGCCAAGGAUUUGGUGGCAGCUGGCAAACAGUGUGAGGCAAUGGCCACAGAGCUCUUGGCUCUGGCAGCUGGCUCCGAUUCGGCGGGAAAGAUUCUGCAGGCGACCGAUAAGCGAAAUGUGGAAUUUCUCGAUGUGCUGAUCGAGAACGAGCAGAAGGAAGUCAUUGCACAUACAGUAGUUCAACGAUACUUGCAAGAACUGUGGCACGGCUCACUGACGUGGGCAUCGUGGAAGAUCAUGUUGCUGCUGGUUGCGUUUAUCGUUUGUCCGCCUGUAUGGAUUGGCUUCACAUUCCCGAUGGGCCACAAGUUCAACAAGGUGCCCAUCAUCAAGUUCAUGUCCUACCUCACCUCGCACAUUUACCUCAUGACCCAUCUGAGCAUCGUCGGCAUUACGCCCAUCUAUCCGGUGCUGCGUCUCAGCCUGGUCCCCUACUGGUACGAAAUAGGUCUGCUCAUUUGGUUGAGCGGUCUACUUUUGUUCGAGUUGACGAAUCCAUCCGACAAAUCGGGUCUGGGAUCUAUCAAGGUGCUCGUCCUCCUGCUGGGCAUGGCCGGUGUCGGCGUUCAUGUCGUCGCCUUUCUAUUCGUCUCCAAGGAAUAUUAUCCCACACUCGUCUAUUGUCGCAAUCAAUGCUUCGCCUUGGCCUUUCUCUUGGCCUGUGUGCAGAUCCUGGACUUUUUGUCGUUCCAUCAUCUGUUUGGUCCCUGGGCCAUCAUCAUUGGUGAUCUGCUGAAGGAUCUGGCACGGUUUCUGGCCGUGCUCGCCAUCUUCGUGUUUGGCUUCUCCAUGCACAUUGUGGCGUUGAAUCAAUCGUUUAACAACCUAACGCCCGAAGAAAUACGCGGCUUUGAGAAGAAGAAUCGAAAUAAAGGCUACUUUAGUGACGAUGAUAUGCCCACCCCACGUCCCCCGCCCGUGGAGAGUUAUAUUGAUAGUCGCUCUAGCGAAUUUCGCCGCAAACAUAAAGAUGAUCUGCGCAUGCAUCCAAUAAACUCGUUCGAGUUACUCUUCUUCGCCGUGUUUGGCCAGACGACGACGGAGCAAACUCAAGUUGACCGAAUCAAAAAUGAAGUCUCUCAGCCUUAUUGGGUUGAGUAUCUGUUCAAAAUUGUGUUUGGCAUUUACAUGUUGGUCUCGGUGGUUGUACUCAUUAACCUGCUAAUUGCUAUGAUGUCAGACACCUAUCAAAGAAUUCAGGCGCAAUCCGACAUCGAAUGGAAAUUUGGCUUAUCCAAGCUUAUACGCAAUAUGCAUCGCACCACAACAGCGCCAUCGCCGCUUAAUUUAGUUACCACCUGGUUUAUGUGGAUCGUCGAGAAGGUCAAGGCACGCAUGAAGAAAAAGAAGCGUCCAAGUCUGGUACAGAUGAUGGGAAUACGUCAGGCCAGUCCACGCACCAAAGCCGGCGCCAAAUGGCUAUCGAAGAUCAAGAAAGACUCGGUGGCCCUAUCGCAGGUGCAUCUAUCGCCUUUAGGCUCACAGGCCAGCUUCUCGGCGGCAAAUCAGAAUCGCAUCGAGAAUGUCGCCGAUUGGGAGGCAAUUGCCAAGAAAUAUCGCGCUCUGGUUGGAGACGAGGAGGGUGGCUCUCUUAAGGAUUCGGAUGCGGAGAGUGGCUCGCAGGAGGGCAGCGGUGGAGCACAGGCUCCGGCACAGGUGGGAAGAGCGGCCAUGAAGGGCAAUUUAGAACAACUUUUCGAUAAUUAGAGAUUGUUUUAAGAAUUCGCUUUUUUGCAUAUUCGCUUGUACUUUUUACUAAACGUGUUUCGAUUUGCAGGUCUAAAAGAAAUGCUUCAAGAUCAUCCCUCUCUGCUACCACUUCCUCUACUCUUCUACUCUAUCUCAACUUCUCCCCUCUCAAAACUCUUCCUCCAAAAACAAAAAACAAAAAAAAAAACCAUCUAACUCUCCCAUCUCGACUGUCUUGCCUCUUCUGUACUUAAGCUCUACUACUUCUAAGUAACUGUAACUCUAAGCCGCACUCUUGGGAAUCUAAACUAAGUUUCACUUUAAUCUUAACUAAUUUAGCUAGAAUAUUGAAAUUGUUUUUAAUAAUUAAUUAAGCCUAAGCUUUAUGAUUUACAUUUUAUGACAAAAUAUUUGUAUUUAGUUAAUCAACAAACAAUUUUUGAUAUGAAGUUCGAUCCAAAAACAACAAAAAGACAACAACAACACAACGAGUUUUCCAUAAAUACUUAAUGAAUUAUUUGAAAUAAGAACGUUUUUUAAAGUCCUUGUUGGACACACUGCAAAGUCAUCCAAAAAUUUGCCUAAUCUUUUGACAAGAGCUCGCCUAGCAUUUUAAUAUUUUAUUAUUAAGCGAUUUUUCAUAAUAUAUAAUAUGAUGUUGAUGAUGAUGUUAGCAUUAUUUGUACUCGUACUUGGUAGUUAGUAAGUUUUUAAUAUUAGCUUUCACUUUAACAAAUUUAUUCAAAUAAGCUUUUGGUGUGUAUGAAGAAUUUAUUCAUUUUUUUAAAAUCGAUGUGGAAACAAUUUGUUUAGUUUUAAAAUUCUCAGUGUGAAAAUUUUUGAUUUCCUAAGCUU